GACUUUUUGACGAAUUAAAUUACAAAAUUGAAAGUACCAAAGCCGUCAAGCUUCACUGCCUGACAUUUAUGUUUGCUUGCGACUUCUCUUAGAAAAAGUACACAGACACAAUCAAAAUGGAAACAAAUGCACGUUGAAAUAUGUAUGCAGCUACUUAACCAAAGGAGUUGAGGUAAUCUUAAUACUUUUGGCAAAUUGUUUCAAAUAGGUACAAUUUAGCAAGCAAUUAGUCAUUAUUAGCAAUAAUGACCGCUCGGGUAAUACAGAGAAAAAAGAAAAAAGACAAGAAAUAUGUAUGAGUUGAGGGGUUUGUUUGCAAACUACUCUUUAUAUAAGCGCCAGUACUAAAGCUAUGGCCAGCCAUUUAUUAUUCCUUCUUAUGGGGGUCUACGUCUACCUGUUGAAUCCGUAGGCCAUAAAUACCAGUCUACUUGAUUCGCAGUACUUCAGUUCAUCCACAUCUCUCUCUCAUUCAAGGUGCAUAAAAAUCUUUUUGGGGGGUAUUUAGUAUUAUGGGAAGUGAAUUGCCCUUAACCCGAGAGGACAGAUGGUCGCUUAAAGGGAAGACUGCCCUUGUUACUGGUGGCACCAAAGGCAUCGGGUAUGCAAUAGUUGAAGAACUAGCAGGAUUUGGUGCCAGGGUUCACACUUGUUCCAGGAACCAAACCGAGCUCAGUGAAAGAAUUAAGGAAUGGGAAGCCAAAGGAUUCAAAGUCAGCGGCUCAGUAUGCGAUUUGUCGUCGAGAUCACAACGUGAGGAGCUCAUCAAUACGGUCUCUUCUGAAUUUGGUGGCAAACUCAACAUCCUCGUGAACAAUGCCGCCGCAGUGAUAAUGAAACGAGCUCAAGACUGCACUUUUGAAGACCAUACAUAUUUGAUGGGAACUAAUCUGGAAUCGCCUUUUCAUCUGAGCCAACUUGCGUAUCCUCUUCUCAAGGCAUCAGAAAAUGGAAGCAUCGUGUUCAUCUCCUCAGUAGCCGGAGGAAAAGCUCUGCCUGGCCUUUCAAUUUAUGCAGCAACUAAAGGGGCGGUCAAUCAACUAACCAAGAAUCUGGCAUGCGAAUGGGCAUCCUCAAAUAUUCGAGUCAAUACUGUUGCACCAUGGGCUGUUAAAACAACAAUUGCGAAAAAGGAGGACUUGGAUCCAUCGUUGUCGGAUCGUUAUACGCCACUAAUGACGCAAACCCCGCUGCGGCCAUUUGCAGAACCAAAUGAGAUUUCGUCUCUGGUGGCAUUUCUAUGCCUUCAGGCGGCCUCAUACAUUACAGGGCAGAUCAUCUAUGUCGACGGAGGUUUUACAGCUGGUACUUCCUAGGUCCUCGGGAGAUCUUCAGUUUCUAAGGAGUACAAAAAGAAUAAAAUAAAAGUUCUUAAGGUCAUCAGAUCUAGUAGUUACGUUUUUGCAUUAUGUCCCCUCCUUUAGUCGAGGCUUCUAAGAACUUUUAUCUUCGUAGGGUUAAAAAUUGUGCUUGUAUACGAAUUUUGUAUGAAUAAUGUCUCUUACGUCAUCAAAUUUAUUAUUUGCUGAGCACAAUUUAUGUUCCGUAACAUGAUUACAACUUUUUGGAUUAAAUACUCUUUUCAUUUGUUUUUAUCUCU